AUGAGGUUUAUUAACAAUUUAAUGUAUGUCUCCACAAACUCGCCGCCAAACUCCAUUCUCCUAGACAAAGCAUCCCCAUUGGAUGCUGUGGAGUUGGCCACAUUUUCAAGACUUGCUGAUCAAAACUCACUGUCUACCAAACUCCAUACUUUUUGCAAACAAGCAAAUCUAUUUUGCUUCCCCGAAAAGCACAACAAAGAUGUGAAUUUCGCCGUGUAUGAACGCCAGAACUUCACCAAUUAUGGAAAUGACCCUCAGGGCGCAGUUGACUCUUUCAAGAACUAUACCGAUUACGAUGCCCUUCCCAUCGACAGUUUCCGCCGCUACAGCCGUGGCUCAUCCGGCCACGACGAUCAGUUCACCAAUUACGGCCUCUUCUCGAAUGAAGCCGACCAAACCUUGAGCUCCUAUGGCACAAAAGCCACCGGGGGAAUUGGAAUUUUCAGUAACUACAAUAAUAACACCAACAUCCCUGGCCUAACAUUCACUUCUUAUUCUGACAGCACCAAUGGCCGCACCCAAGAUUUCCAAUCAUAUUCCUCAGAAACAAUGUGGGCUAUCAGAGACAUCAACAACGUCGUCAGUUCAACCUUCAACAAUUACGGCGAAACCGGCAACGGAGCCAACGAUUAUUUCACUUCCUACGGAGGCUUUGGAAACUUCCCAACAACUACAUUCAAUACUUACGCCCGUGAUGGAGACGACAGUUUCCAAUUCUACGCACAAGGCUCCAACGCACAGGCUCUGGGUUUCACUAAUUACGGUCAGUCGUUCGACCAAGGGAGCGAGACACUCAAAGGAUAUGCAAAGAAUUCAACGGGUGGCACAACCAUAGAUUUCAAAACAUAUGGAAUCAACAAUACAUUCAAAGACUAUGCCAAAACAGGGAUCACAUUCUCCGACUACCGAAACGGCACCGGAAGCCCUUUGACUGCCAUGGCGACCAGCUCCACCAAGAAGAUAAACUGCCGGUGGGUAGAGCCGGGAAAAUUCUUCAGGGAGAAGAUGCUGAAAACAGGGACCGUGAUGCCAAUGCCUGACACUAGGGAUAAAAUGCCAAAAGGAUCAUUCCUGUCAAGAACAAUUCUCUCAAAAUUACCGUUUUCCACCUCCAAGAUUGAUGAAUUGAAGAAAAUAUUCUAUGCUGCUGAUGGUUCUAGCAUGACCAGGAUGAUGACUAAUACAUUGAACGAAUGCGAGAGAGCUCCCAGCCCGGGGGAAACGAAGCGGUGUGUCGGCAGCGCAGAAGACAUGGUUGACUUUGCAACCUCUGUUCUGGGCAAAAACGUUGCCGUCAGGACUACCGAAAACACUCAAGGAUCAGGUAAAGACAUCAUGAUUGGGACGGUGACCGGGAUCAACGGCGGGCGGGUGACGAAAUCAGUGUCUUGUCAUCAGAGUUUGUACCCGUACUUACUGUAUUACUGCCACUUUGUUCCCAAAGUCCGGGUUUACGAAGCAGAUAUACUUGACCCGAGUUCCAAGGCCAAGCUUAAUCAUGAAGUCGCCAUAUGUCACAUCGACACAUCAAGUUGGAGUCAAACUCAUGGAGCCUUCUUAGCUCUGGGCUCGGGUCCGGGUAAAACUGAGGUUUGCCACUGGAUUUUCCGGAAUGACAUGACCUGGACGAUUUCCGAUUGAGUUUUUGUGUAUUUCAAUA